AUGGAGUCCUGGAACAAAAACCUUUCUCCAUGGCGAGUCAAGAAUACUGAACAGGAAUAUGAAGCCAAGCUGGCCCCAUCUGUUGGUGGAGAACCAACAAGUGGGGGCCCAGCUAGUUCAUCACCUGAUCUAAAUCUGGAUUCCGGUGACAUUUUGGACAGGCACGAGGACCAAGCCGUGAGCCAAGACUCAGGUUCCCAAGAUAACCCACCACGAGAAGAGGAGAACCAACGCAUGGCCAGCAUGGAAGACAACCAUAAACUUCCUGGGUUUUCCUUCCCAAGAAAGAUGUGGAUGAUGGUGGAGAAAGACAUAUUCCGGUCUGUGCGCUGGAACGAUGAUGGAGACGCUGUGAUCAUCGAGAAAGAUCUCUUCCAGAGGCAGACUCUUCAACGGAGCGGCGCAGAGAAGAUCUUCGAAACAGAUAGCUGGAAGAGUUUCAUUCGCCAACUGAACCCCUAUGGAUUCUGCAAAAUAUGCCCAAUCACCUCUCCAGGAGACAAGAAUAUGAUGAUCUACCACAGCUCCAAUUUUCAGAGAGGCAAGCUCUGGCUCCUGGAGAAUAUCCGGAGAAAAGGUGACCUCCGAAACACCACUCAGCAAGUGACCCAUGUCCCAGCUCCAAAGAGGGCGAAGCUGGUCCAUCACAGCGAUGCCAGGAAUGCGGCCAUCGAAAUGUCCCAGGGUGGAACCCACAAUGUUCAGGGACCCAGUGGCACCCAGUCCUUCACACACUGCAGUAUGCAGCACAGGAACACUGUCACUGGGCAUCCCCCGGGAUAUGGGCCCCCUCAGGAACCAAAUAACUCAAAUUGGGAGGGCACCUCUGGAAAUGUCACAUUUGGAUCUUUGGCUACUGCCUGGGUGGAAAGCACAAGGGAAGUGCCUAGUAGCCUGGUUUACCCAGAUAAUAGUAGUAUAAUGUCUUUGGACAAUGAGUGGUACUCCAUUCUGUUGGCCUCCCUUUUGGUCUAUAUUCUUAUCAUUAAGGCAUUUAUCAUUGUCAUUCUCAUGAAGGCCUCUUGGUCUUAAUAAAGAAAAACAAAAUUCCAUGGAAAUAAAAAAUUCAAAUGAGAACUGUUGUCUGUGUCCUUUCUAACCUUCUACAACUAUACACAUCUCAUUGGCACAAGCCAGAAGAGGCUGAAAAUCCUGUCCAAGACAGGCAUUGGUCCCCACUGUCCUCAUUCAUUUGGAGAAGCAGC